CAUGCGUGACUGGCUGGCAGACUGAGCACCGGUGAAUGGAGGUCACCCCAGACACUGAAUGAGUCUCAGCGGUGAGACAGAGAGGGGGAGAGGGAGGACGGACAGCGGCCAGCCGCCUUCAAAAAUGGCGUCUCCGGAGGAAAAUGAGUAAAAAAUAUUAAAACGCGCGGCCUGCUUUCUUUACACUUCCUCGUUUCGCUUGGUAUGUUUUUUUAAUUCUUUUCCAUUCUCCUCGGCGAGGACACGCUGCUCGUCGCUUUUACUCGAAUGGCAAAAGGGAGCAGAAAUUCGCGGAGCGAGCAUUUGGGAGAAGAAAAGCAGCGCUGUUUUAUUUUGAUGCGUCGUUACUGACAGCUAGCAUCUGCUGCUAGCACACACGGUUCUGCUCCACGGCGGUGGCAACCAUUUACAUGCACGGAAGAAGAACGAUUUGAGAAUUGUGGGGAUUUCGUGGCUCGUCUGUGGGCAACGGUUGCGUCCAACGUGGCCUGUCGAAUGCGAGCCUUUUUGGUGUUAGCAGCGUAGCAACAACUAGCCUAAAGAAAGGGGAGGAGAGACGGUGAAAAGGACGCAUUCAAAUCAAAUGUUUAUCAGCAAUUCGUCCAUCAGCGGCCAAAUCCGCCGCAUCUCCAUCAUGAGCGUGACUGAUUCUGGACUAAAUACCCACGCAUGGAAAUGAUAAACGUGAAAGGCGUAGGAAAAGGAGAAAGGCUUGCUUUUUUUGGAGGUGGUUGGAUUAUAACCCCGUAGACCCCCCUCUUUUUUUCAUCCAGCUUUCUCCUCCUCUCCUCCAUUUCUCUUUCAAUAUGCUGUUUUCCACUCCUGAGGACUUGCUUAUGAAACCGGGAAAAAUAGCCUGAAACCGAGAAAAGGGGGAAUACUGGAUUUUUUAUAUAUAUAUUUUCCGUGAUCUGCUUUGCGACGUUCUCGUUGCUUUCGUCCUCAUCGUACGCAUUGUAACGAGCCAUCAAUGGAUAGGAAUUACCCGGGAACAGGGUUUGGUGAUUUGGGCGCAGGAGCAGGAUGGAGUUACGAGAGGUCGGCAAAAGCAAGUCUUGUAUAUGGGAGUUCCAGAUCAUCCCACCCGGAGUCUGAGCUCCUCCACCGACAAGCCUACGCCACCCCACACCCUCUGCAGGGCUAUGCCUCCAAUCACCACCCAGGGAGCUCUGGCCAAGGCGGGGCUUGGGGAGCAGCUGGAAGGAGUUUGGGUCUGUCGGGGCUCUUUGACACUGGCCUCCACCAUGCCAGUCCAUCUGCUCCUGAUGCCUCCGUCAUGAAUCUGAUCUCAGCCCUGGAGUCCCGGGGUCCCCAGCCUCCACCCUCUGCCUCCUCCCUUCUUUCCCAGUUCCGCACACCUUCCUGGCAGACAGCGAUGCACACACCUGCUCCUCCUGAGCUAUUCAUCUCUGGAGCCCUUCCUGGCUCCGGCUCAUUCCCCUCCUCCUCAGCCCUCUCAGCCUAUCAGCAUCCAGCAUCCUUCUCUAGCCGUUCUUUCCCUGCCGCCUCCCUUUCCCUCCAGGACACGCCCACAUUUAGUCCCACAUCCAAUGGCCUACUCUCCCCACAUGACCCCCUCCUACACAUCAAGGCUCCGUCUCAGUCUAGCCUGGGUUUUGACAGACUCCUGUCCUCACAGGGUGCUGCUGCAGCUGCUUAUAGGGGCAGCCAGGACCCCACUGGUGCCACGUCGGCCCAGGCAUCGUCUGCCAGGCACCUUCAGUCCCACCAGUUCAACCUGCUGUCAUCACAACUCCAGGAUCAGUCCUCCCAGCUAUACAAUGCAUCAGUUUUUUCCUCAGCCCAGCCUCAGUCUCAGUCCCAGUCCCAGUCCAAUUCGGCUCAGGAACGAGCUGUGCCCCGACAGGACAGUGUUAUCAAGCAUUAUCAGCGGCCCACACCAGCUCAGUCACAGCUCUCAUCCUCUGCUGCCCACUCCCUUCAGCACUACCUCAGCUGUGGAGGUGCAGGGUACCAGCAAAUAGCCACCCAUCAUAGACAAGCUGGCCUUUCUUGCAGCCCAUUGGGUGACCAGAGCCCCUCAUCUGACCAUAAGACCACUUCUCGCACUGAACAGUAUCGGCCAAUCAUCCAGCCUCCCUAUUCUUCAUCCUCUUCCUCCUCGUCCUCAUCAUCAGCUGGAAAAGGUACCAAAAGCAGCUCUAGCAGUGGCUAUUCUUCUGCCAGUUCAGCUUCAUCCUCAAGAACUCCUCACACGCCCCCUUCUGCUUCCUCUACCUCCUCUUCUUCCUCCUCUUCUUCUGCCACUUCUGGUGCUCAUCCUUCCAAUUCCAUCCCCACCUCCAGCUCCAGUGCAGCCCCCUCGAGGCAGCAGCCCCCUCCUCAGCCAGCUCCACCUCCCCCAGCCCCUCAGCAGCAGCAGCCCCCUGCCACUUCCUCCUCAGCCUCCCAGUCUCUGCCGAAGUCCUGCCUCUCAGGCUAUGGUUCUCCUGUGCCCCCAGUGAAGACGCCCACUUCUGCUCUUACUGGUCAGACGCCACCCCAACAACAGACACAGUCAUAUUCCCCUAAUCAGCCCCCUCCCUCUCACCUGGCUCAGUCAUAUGGAGGCUUCAGUUCACCACAAGCCCAAGACUUGAGCUCAGGUGCUGGUGGAAAAGGAUAUGGGAGUUUAGGUGGACGAAGCCAGUCAUAUUCCACUGAUAUUUAUGGACCUGACUCUGCUUAUGGAUCUCUUCCAUCAUCUCUUGGUGGAGCUGGAAGCCCAUCACUAGGUUAUGGAGCCCCAGGUCACUCUCCUGCCCUUUUAAGAUCAAGUGGUUCAUCAGGUAGUGGAGCGUCUGGGGGAGGAAGCAGCACCGGCACAGGAAGUGGUAACUCUGGCUCGGGAGGAGGAGCAGGAAAUAGUAUGACAAAUGAGCGAGGCGGAGGGGGUAACAGUGGAGGGUCUUAUCAUAUUCCAGACUCUAGCCCCUCUCCAUCAGGCAACUCUGGCAUCAUCCGUCCAGGAUUACACUCUCCAGUGCCCACCUGCCCCACGCAAUCUCCAGGAGGGGCAGGCUCAAAUAAAUACAUUCCCUCAGUUCUCUCCCCCACCUUUCUAGCCUCCCCACAGGGCUACCCUGACACUAGAGGCCCCAGUUCCCAACCUCAGCCCUAUCACUCUACUGCUUCCAAAACGAAGGCUGACACUUCCAUGCUAGGAGUGGGCUCUCAGAGAUCCCAAGAGGAAGUAGAUGAUGACGAUGAGUUCCUGAUCCAGCACUUGCUGCAAGCCCAAGCAAGUCCUGCUCCCCAAGCCACUCAUCACCACUCUCAACAGCCACCCCAACAGGCAUCACAACAAACACAGCCUCAGCCUCAGUCAGUGCCGCCAACCUCUGAUUCUGGCAAAGGGCUGAGCUACGACAUGGGUAAGACCUCGGAGGAGAGAUACCAUCCCCAGAGUGUCAUACGUACCCACAGUGCUACAUCCACAGCUGGAGUAGGAAAUGCAGGUUCAGGAGGGUCCAUCUCAGGGCUGGAGAACCAGCUGGAGAUGUCACUGAAGAAACAACAACAGCAACAGCAGCAUCAACAACAACAACACCACCAUCAACAACAACAACAACAACAACAACAACAGCAGCAGCAGCAGCAGCAGCAGAGGAGCGAAAGGUCUGUCGGAAGCAACAGGAGCAGUGGAGGGAGAGGCAGCGCUGAGCAAGUGCACUCACACCUCCAUCACCAUGACAGCCUAGGCUCGGUAGUCCACUAUGGGCGGGGUGACCCAUACACUCAACACUCCCUUGCCCCACAACACUCCUCACACAGUCAGCAUGUGUCUUCUCACUCACAGAUCCCACCACACACACAAAUGGAUCUCCAAAAGAAGCCACAGGAGCGUGCAGAAAUCCCAUAUCCUCGGAAAACACCAGAAAUCCAACAACAGCAUUCCCAAUCCCAAGCUACUGCUUCCCUCAUGGACUCUCCCACUGAUCGUCAGCCACCACACCUUCUCCAGUCAGUGCUGUCCCACACCACCCGCAACAAACUGGAUCCCCAUCAGCAGCAUCACAAAAUGGACUCGCAUCGGCAACACCAACAGCACCAUAAGAUGGACUCCCACCAACCACACCAACAGCACCCUAAAAUGGACUCCCACCCACAGCAUCAGCAGCACCACAAAAUGGACUCUCAUGCCCAACAACAGCAGCACUCUAUUAGUCAACAGCAAGCUGUAAUGGAAAAUGCUGGUGGGAGACUUGGUUCAAGUAAACAUCAGGCACAGUCUCAGUCCCAAACCACCCAGCUCCAGCUUCAACUCCAGUCCCAGGCUUUGGAAGUGGCUGCAGCUCACUACAACCAUGGGCCCCCUCCUCAUCAGCAUGAGCAGAGCCAGGUAAAGCAAAGCACAGUGGUCUCCUCCUUAGACAUGUUGGAGCGUACGCUUUCUCAGACGACGAGCGCAGAUGUGGCUGUUGCCGAUGACAGACGUGGUGGGGCAAGCAGUGGAGGAAGGAGUGGAGCUGGUAGUGAGCGCCACAGGCAGCAACAGCAGGAACAGCACCCAUCCCACCAUCAGCCACAGCAAACCCACCACUCACAGCAACACUCAGCGUCUGAGCUCCACUCCUUCCUCUCUGAGCCUGACAUGAGCUUAUCUACUCCAUCCCACAUGCACCACCUCUCGCAGCAUCACCCACAGCGGCAGCAGCAACAACAACACCAACAAACCCACUCUCACCACCCUCACUCCCAACCCCACCCUCAGCAGCCCCCACUCCCCCACCACAUACCUCCAACAUCUGCCUCAGCUCACUCCCAGUCACAGCCUGACCCACAGCCAUCACUCUCAUCCCAGCUUACCCCUCAGCAGAGCCAACUGGACCAGCAGCGUUCAGAUCAGCACCAGUUUGACACGGUCAAUCCAGUGGAGAAAGCAGACCAGAAUCAACAAAGUAAUCGCUUUGUACCCCUGACUUCUAUCUGCUUUCCAGAUUCCCUCCUCCAGGAUGAGGACCGCUCCUUUUUCCCUGGAAUGGAAGAUAUGUUUUGUGCUGAGGACUACAAGUCCAGCUGUGCUGGAGGUGCAGGACCAGGGCAGGGGGAGAUGAAUGAAAGCCAUGCUGGACAAGAGGGAAUGGAUUCCAUGAAAGCUGGACAGAGUGCAGGUGGAGCAGGGGGAAGUGCUGGAGGUAGCUAUGACAUGAUGGGUCACCAUGGUGGCGAUCAGGGUUAUGAACCAUACUGUCAUGGCCUUGAGGAACCCAGCAACAACACCAUGACUCUGGAUCUAGACUCUCUUAAAACCCAUGAGCUCCCUUCCACUGUCAACACCGAACAGCUAGGACUGAUACAGUCCCAGGGCCCAGCUAUGGGUAUGGGCUCCAACACUGCUGGUCCCAACAACUCUGGAGGUAAAAUGUCUGCUGGGCCUGGAGGAGCCAACACAGGAACUGGUCCUGGAGGCCUCCAGUCUCCCAUUUUCUGUUCAUCUCGUCCCAAGAAGCUCCUAAAGUCCAGCUCUUUCCAUCUGUUAAAAGAGCGACGGGACCCGAACACACUGCCUAAGAAAAGUUAUGCUCAAGAGUAUGAGUUUGAAGAUGAUGAAGAUAAAGCUGACCAGCCAGCUGACAUCCGUUUGAACAGUCGAAGGCUCCCAGAUUUGUUGCCAGACUUGGUGUCCAGCUGCAGAAAAGGAGGAGGAAGUGGUUCUCUCAGCCCUUUAAUGGGUGACAUUGACUUCUACCACUCCUCAGGCUACUCAUCUAUGGGUUCACACUCUCUUCUGCCACAGGAUGGACCAAAGAAGAGGGGCAGAAAGCCCACUAGACCCAAGAGAGAUGGCCCACCUAGGCCAAGAGGCCGGCCUCGCAUCCGCCCAAUGCCCGAGCCAUACACUCCAAGAGGAAUGAUGGGGGAGAUGGGGGGAACAGCAGCAGCAGUAGGAGGAGGAUUCACUGUGGAAGGACGAGGUAGAGGCAGGGGUCGUGGGAGCCGAGGUAGAGGAGGAAAGAGGGAGGAUAUGUACAUGGAGAUGAGUGGGAAGGAACAGGAUCAAAUGCACCACCAUCACCUACAUCAGCAGCAGCAGUCGCAGCAGCUCCAUCACCAGCCCCAACAGCAGCAACACGAGCCCAUUCCACCUCUGAAGAUUAAAUUACCAAUUGGCACCCUGUCCUCCUCUGAUGCCUUGCUGAGGACGGACUCUUUGUCUGGUACGGACCCCGCUCUGUCAGACGGCUCAGUAGGCUCUGCUCCAUCACUUGGUCUAAGUCCCGGACCCCCAUGCAGUACUGAAAGCACCAGAAGUCAGGACAAGAACAAGCAGAAAAGCCACAUGAUGAGUGAAGGAGUGGACGACGAGAGGCUGGAGGAACGGGGCGAUGAGAAGGACUCUGAGUCCAAGGCUGGCUUCGUGGCUUCAUUCUUAGACUUCUUGAAGACGGGGAAGAGACCUCCAGGCUUGGACAUCUCACCGGGAAUGGAGCCUGACAAUGGCGAAACCUCACCUUGUAAAUCGGUGGGUUUGCGCCCACUGUCUCCCGCACCACCUCCCCCACCCCCACCGCCUCCAUUUGGGGACAGUGAAGGGAAUGGUGGCCUGGCCUUGGGUAACUGCCACAGCCCCAAGCGCUUGGAAGACGAACUGAAGAGGAACCUGGAGACGUUGCCAUCGUUCUCCUCUGACGAGGAGGACUCCGUUGGGAAGAACCAGGACCUCCAGAAGAGCAUCUCCUCAGCCAUAUCUGCACUAUAUGACACUCCACAGCUAACCUCCAACAUCCAGACUCCACUCCCUCCUCCAUCUCCCCAGCCUCAGCCUCAGCCCACCCAGGCUCCUCUCACUCCGACUCUGCAGCCUCCCACGCUCAGCCCACAGCCAACCAUGCACACUCCCCACACUCAGCCCCAGUCCAAUGAACCUGAUAUUCUCCAGCCAGAAGAUGGAGACAUGGAGGAGAGCAAAGAGGAGGACAAUGAGGAGGAAAGAAGCACGGGAGGGGAAGAAGAGAAUGAUAUAACAGAGGAGAGAGAACCACAGCUGGAAACCUUAUGUGCACCUAAGCUGGAUGCACUUUCUCCCGAAAACCCUCCAGCACCAGCAACACCCGAACCACCCUCUGCCCCUCGUUCUCCCACAUCCUCCUGCUCUACUUCUCACUCCCCCCUCCCUCCACUCUCCCUCCCCUCACCCUUACCUCCAAAAGAAGAACAAGAGAAUUCCCAGUCUCCAAGCCCGGUUACUCCCACAUCCUCAUCAUCACCACCACCACCACCACCUCCUCCUCCACCUCCUGCACCUGUUAAUCUCCCUCAGCCUGCAACUCCUCCACCCCCAGCUUCCACUCCUCCCCCACCUGCAACACAGGGGGAGUCUCCCAUGCCAUCUCCAGAGUCCCCCGCCUCACCCGAGGAGCCCCCGCCUCCUAAAAUCACCUCCUUGCACCUUGCCCAGAAGCAAGAGGACGCUGCCAUUGUUGGAGAGAGUGAAGAGGAUGAGAGCGAGAGUGGAGGGGAGGGCAUUUUCAGAGAAAGAGACGAGUUUGUGGUGCGAGUGGAAGACAUACGAACCCUCAAGCUGGCACUGCAGACGGGCCGUGAGCCUCCACCCAUCUGGCGGGUACAAAAAGCCCUGCUGCAGAAGUUCAGCCCAGAGAUCAAAGACGGACAAAGACAGUUCUGUGCUACGAGCAACUAUCUUGGCUACUUUGGAGAUGCUAAGAGACGAUACCAGCGGAUCUAUGUCAAGUUUUUGGAAAAUGUGAAUAAGAAGGACUAUGUCAGAGUCUGCUCUCGGAGACCUUGGCGCAGAGCCACCCCUGCUCUCAGACGCCAGUCCCUCUCCAGAAUGGCUUCCCCUCCUGCAGCACAGGUGCCGCCCAGAGUCACGGAGAAAGAGGAGAGAGCUGCUCCGCCAAUCCAGAAGGAACAGAGGGAGAAAACGAGAACAGGAACCACGACGACGACAAAGGAGCAGAGGGAGAAGAAGGAGGCUCCAGCCGCAGUGCCCAAAGCCAAGGAGAAGGAGAAGGAGAGGGAGCAUGAGAAGGAGAGACAGCUAGAGGCGCCGCAGCAGGAGAAAAUGGAGAAGCGCGCCACCGUAGAACGAGGCAGAGCAGCAAAGGAGGAGAGAAAAGCUGUGGAGAGGAAGGAGAAAGAAAAGGCUGAGCGCCCACCCAAGUCAAAGCCAGCCAAAGUGAAGGCAGAGCCACCACCUAAGAAGAGAAAGAAGUGGCUGAAGGAAGUACCUUCUUCAUCAGACUCUGACUCAUCGGACGAGGCAGUUAGUGAGAAUGAAAUGCCAGUGAAGGGAGGAGUGAACAACCGUGCCAUGAGGGAGAUGUUCAGGAGCUACGUGGAGAUGCUGGUCAGCACGGCCCUGGACCCCGACAUGAUCCAAGCUCUGGAAGACACGGACGAUGAGCUGUACCUCCCACCAAUGAGGAAGAUUGACAGCAUCCUCAGUGAACAGAAGAGGAGGCUGCAGAGGAGAGUCAGCAUGAGCUCUCAGCACCAGGAAGUCCUGCAUGCGUACCCACAGAUCAUUGUGGACCCCCUUGACUCAGGAGUGGUGAGGGUGCGGCUAAGUGGGGACGCUUACAACCGCAAGACCCUCAACAGAGUCAAGAAGACCCUGCCUAAGCCACAGGACCUCAAGUUGUCGGCUGAGUCAUAUCGGAUCUACAGUCUCUACCACUCCCUCCAUCACUAUAAGUACCACACCUUCUUACAGUGCAAGAAAGAGACUAACACCAUUGAGCAGGCAGCUGAGGACCCCGGCCAAGAGGAAGUAGUGCAGCAGUGCAUGGCCAACCAGAGCUGGCUGGACACACUCUUCGGCUCCUUCAUCGAGCUGCUCACGCUCGGCACCAAAGCCUGAGCCAACUGCACACACAGAGACACAGAGAGACUCCAGGGACGCAAGAGGAUGAGGAGGAGAAAAAAAAAAGAAUGACAAAAAUAGAAAGAGAUGGAUCCACUGUACAGCCCCCAACCCUCUUCAAAUCUCUAAUAUCUGAGGAUGAAUUUUCAAGGCUAUUAAUGAACAUGAGUGGCUCUGUUCAUGUGACCGCAGUCACUUGCCUCUGUUCUUUUUCUUAUUGUUGAUCAAUGACUCGAGAAAUGUCUUACUUUAUGAGGAGGGGGGGACCCCCCACGGGGUCAGGGGUCACAUGUGGCUCAAGAGGAAACUCUGAAGAAGACACUGAUGGUGAAACACAACGUGGGGGAGGAGGAGGAGGAGCCGUAAUGCCAAGUUCAACAUGUUAACCGUGUGUCAUAAAGACAAUAGUUUCAACAGAGGAACUACUACUGCUUAGUUUUUACAUAAAUUAUUUUUUUGAAAAGACUAACAUCAGCUGUUGGCUUUUGAAGAGAACGGAAGAAGGCGAGAAUGCUGUUUUUAAGCCGCGCGCGACGAGCGCAGCCAUAAGCGAACACGGACCCGUCUGCGGAUGGAAACAUGAAAUGUGGAGAUGAACGCUCGCUCUCUCUCUCUGUGCUACGCGAAGGGCAGCACCAGUUAGCUGUGUGAUAAUAUAUAAACACAUUUUUAUUAUUUAUAUGAGGAGGUUUUUAACUUAAAAACGCUCACAAGCGCCGGGUUACUGCCCUAACAUUUUAAAACCCCCCUUUUUAUUUUCCACAGGUUCCGUGUACAAUCAGUAACCCACAUAUCCAAAUCGUCUUCCCCUCUAUACAAAAGAACAGACGCUGACACAGGACUAUUGUAUCUAAUACAGUGGGUGUAAAAUAACACACACACAAAAAAAAAGUGCGAGAAGAAAAAUAUGGAGAGAAAAGAAAACGAGGGAAUGGUUAAAAAAAAAAAAUCCAUUUGAAACUGUCAUUGUUUUUUUUCUGUUCAAUCAUCAUGUCAUGCAGGUGCAAAGAAAAAGAAGUAAACUAUCCAUUUCCCAUGUGGGAAGAAGGAGUAUAAAUAAGUAAUAUUUAAAGAGGAAAUAGUCAUUUCAUUUUUAUCAUUUUGAUGUUUUGUGCAUACUAUGACUUAUUUUGAAAACAAUCUAAUUUUCCAUUGAAAAAAGGAAAAAAAGGCGUGUAAAUAUUGUACAGUUCUUGAUGAAAUUCUUUGUCCUUCUGUACAUUAACUCUCCUGUAUUUGAGAAACAAAUAAAAUCUGCAAAGAACACAA